AUGGCCAGAUCUCUACCCAAACUCAUCCUCAUCACGCUUCUCUUCCCUCUAACCAUCUUCGCUGCACGAUCCCAAACAUCCGCCCGCAGCCUGUCCAUCGAAGCCGGGCCGAGAAGAUCGGAGAAGCUGAGCCACCUCCACUUCUACUUGCAUGAAGUGUUCGCUAGCCCAAACUUCACCGCCACACAACUGGGCCCUGACGCUGGCUCAAAGCUUGUCGGCCGGGCCCAAGGCCUCACGUCAUUGGCAUCCCGGGCCCAGUUGGCCUUGUUGAUGGCCGUAAACCUUGUGUUCACCGAAGGAAAGUUACAAUGGGAGCACUUUGAGUAUGCUCGGGAGGAACAGCUUGGCGCUCGAGGCGAGGGAGAUGGCAAUUACAGGAGGGACGGAGCUUUCCAGCUCGUGCGGGGUUAUGUUCGGACCAAGACUCGCUCCAUCGACCGGAUAAGUGGACUUCUCGUUUCGAAGUACAACGUCUACAUUUUGCAUUAUUGA